GAGGCGCACGCUCAGUCUUAGGGAGGAAAUAUGUCCACAGUCCGGGAAUUUGGACAGGAAUACCACAAAUCAGCUGAAAUAUGGAACUUCAGUGUCAUUAUUCAAAGCUGCAGGUGGCUACUGAAGUAGACGUCUUGGCUGAGUGAACCAAAGCGGCAAGAACCGAACGGACUCGGCUCCUUUCGUAUCUGCUUUAAACAGCUGAGGAUGACGAGCCGGUAAAUGCAGUAAUAUCCUCUGAUGCAUCUCUAACAGAGUCCCGUGGGAGUGGAAGGAAGCAGAGAGACAGUUCGGACGACACCUUGAGCAUAGCAGGCCUCUGAGCACCAACGCCAUGCUUUAGCACGCACGCAGGAGGUCAGCUUGGUUCCCGGAGAAAGAGCCGCUUUCCCUCCCCGAGUCCCAAACGCUCGCAUCCCCUGCACCACCCGUGAUCCACCGCCCCUGCCGAGAUGCCAGUGCCACGGCUGCCACUGCGCUGCUUGUAGUGACGGGGCACAGAGUGCGGGCGCUCAUCCGGCGGGCAGGCCGGCGGCUCGGCGGGGGGUAAAGGCACAGCGAGCGGCGUCUCCGGGCGGGAGUGCUGGCGCCAUGCGGCCCUGGGCGGGUUCGUGGCGCUGGAUCACCCUGGUGCUGCUGGCCUGGGGCACCCUCCUCUUCUACAUCGGCGGCCACCUGGUGAGGGACAGCGAGCACCCAGAGAGGUCCAGCCGAGAGCUCUCCAAGAUCCUGGCCAAGCUGGAGCGGCUGAAGCAGCAGAAUGAAGACCUGCGGCGCAUGGCUGAGUCACUCAGGAUACCCGAGGGUCAGGCGGACGCAGGGUCUCUGGCUGCGGGGAGACUGCGCUCCCUGGAGGACCAGCUCACCCGCGCCAAGCAGAAGAUCCACAGCUUCCAGAAACUCACAGGAGACGGCCCCGGGCCCACUCAGGAGGAGCUACGGAGGAGGGUGGAGAACGGCGUCAAGGAGUUCUGGUACUUCGUUCGCAGCGAGGUGAAGAAGUUGACCAACGUUGACCCCGGCGAGAGGCAGAAAUACGCGGACGCACUCCUGCAGGAUCUGGGACACCAGGAACGGUCCAUCAUGACGGACUUGUACUACCUCAGCCAGGCGGACGGAGUGGGCGAGUGGAGAGUGAAGGAGGCUAAAGACUUGUCAGAUCUGGUCCAGAACAGAAUCACAUACCUCCAGAACCCUCCCGACUGCAGCAAGGCCAGGAAGCUGGUGUGUAACAUCAAUAAGGGCUGCGGCUACGGCUGCCAGCUCCACCACGUCGUCUACUGCUUCAUGAUCGCCUACGGCACCCAGCGCACCCUCAUCCUGGAGUCGCACAACUGGCGCUACGCCCCCGGCGGCUGGGAGACCGUCUUCCUGCCCGUCAGCAACACCUGCACCGACCGCUCCGGGGCCACCACCGGACACUGGUCAGGGGAGGCCCACGAUAAAGACGUCCAGGUUGUGGAGCUGCCGAUCGUCGACAGCCUGCACCCCCGCCCCCCCUACCUGCCGCUGGCCAUCCCCGAAGACCUGGCCCCGCGCCUGCAGCGUCUCCACGGCGACCCCUCCGUCUGGUGGGUGUCCCAGUUCGUGAAGUACCUGGUGCGGCCUCAGGCGUGGCUGGAGAAGGAGAUCCAGCAGAGCACUGCCAAGCUGGGCUUCAAGCACCCCAUCAUCGGAGUCCACGUGAGGAGGACGGACAAGGUGGGGACAGAGGCCGCCUUCCAUCCCAUAGAAGAGUACAUGCUUCAUGUGGAGGAGCAGUUCCAGCUGCUCGCCAGGCGCGUUCAUAUCGACAAGAAGCGGGUUUACCUGGCCACCGACGACCCCUCGCUGCUGCAGGAAGCCAAGACCAAGUAUCCAGACUACGAGUUCAUCAGCGACAACUCCAUCUCGUGGUCGGCGGGUCUUCACAACCGCUACACCGAGAACUCGCUGCGAGGCGUCAUCCUGGACAUCCACUUCCUGUCGCAGACCGACUUCCUGGUUUGCACCUUCUCCUCACAGGUGUGCCGCGUGGCGUACGAGAUCAUGCAGACGCUGCACCCGGACGCCUCCUCCUUCUUCUACUCCCUGGACGACAUCUACUACUUCGGAGGCCAAAACGCCCACAACCAGAUCGCCAUCUACCCACACCAGCCGCGCAACGGCGAGGACAUCCCCCUGGAGCCGGGCGACGUGAUCGGCGUGGCGGGCAACCACUGGGACGGCUACUCCAAGGGCAUCAACCGCAAACUGGGCCGCACCGGCCUCUACCCCUCCUACAAGGUCAAGGAGAAGAUCGAGACGGUGAAGUACCCCAUGUACCCCGAGGCAGACAAACUGCUCAGCUCUCAAAACAAGUAGAAGAAGAAAUUUACAAAAAAAUAAUUCAAAGAGGAAGAGGAAGAUAGAGGAGGACCACGCAGACUCCAAAGCCGGAGAAGGAGGCUGCUUUUGUACAGAGGAGGGAGGCGGAGUCAGCGCGCGAAGCUGAGAAGAAAAGAAGAAUCCUGCACCCAGGGGUGAUGGGAAUGAAAAUGCACUGUGUGUUUAAUGCGUGGCAGCGUGCGUGUGUGUGCGUGUGUGCGUGCGUGAGCGAAUGUGUCGAUGCCUGUGCAUACAGUACGUCAGGUUUACGGACGACUCGCACCCUCCCACCGCUCCCCCGUCCGGCGCCCCGACGUCGGGUCUGUAGAGACGUUAGACGUUGAACAUUGAUUUUUAAACACAGCAAGAAAACAAUUAAAAUCCUACACGACUGACCGAGCGCGCGCCGCUCGACACCAGGUUGGGACUACUGUAAGACGGGCUCACCCCCCGAGUGGGCUGCGAAUCAGUGACUGGAAAAAAUACACGCGACAAACUGGAAGGAAAAUUGUUUAGAUUUUUCAGUGGUUUUAAUUCUUGCCUUUGUUCUUUCUCCCUGUUUAGUUUUUUUUACUGAAUGUACUGUAUCCUGUUUUCGCCAUGCUGCCCCCCCCCCGCUCCAAUCACUGUGCUUCCUCCAUCUUGUCUCUACAUGUGCAAUUAAUUUUAUAUUACCAUACAGUGCUUUUAUCGAGUGUCUCUGAUGGUCUUACUUUGGUGUGUUUGAGGCUUGUUGUGUACUGUACAGUGUGUGUGUGCGUGCGUGCGUGUGUGUCAUUUUAUUCUUGCAUUUCCUCCCCACGCCCCGGUGGGAGACUGGAGACGGUGGGGUCUGUCCUCAUCCUCAUCCUCACCCCCCCCAGGGCGAUCUCCUGCCACUCUGCCGGUGACUGGGCGGAGCGUGGCCACGUCACGGCGCGCGCGGACACGGGAGCCGAACGAAGCACUCCACUGGGAUUGAGCCCUUUUUCUGGCAUCUCCGCUGUCUCUUCUGUCCACAUGUGUUUUUUUAAUCUUAUUUGUUUUUUUGUUUUUUUUUGUUUUUUUACUUUUAGCAUUGAUGUUUUAAAAUAAAUGAGGAAAAAUAUGCCUAUGUUUAAAGAUGAUAAUGUGUCAUAUCAAAUCCAUGAAGGCUUUUGUUUUCAUAACUUAUGUUUUUGGGCAUUGUCUUUGAUAACCACAGAUCAAAUAAACUUGAGAAACCAACACAUCA